AUGGAUAGCAACUCAUCGAACAGAGAUUCAAUAGUAAGUAGCCAAUCUUUCCCUUUCAUAACUUUUUUGCUUUGCAGACGUUCAACGACAAUAUCCUUUACCCGAUUUACUUCGGAUCCUACUUCUUGCUGACCUUGUUCAGUCACUCCUCAGUCCUUCUCCUCGUCAUCUUGAAAACUCCGCUCUUCUUCCGAGAUUUCCGUAUUUUCCUUAUCAAUUCUUCCCUUCUUCAAGUACUCAUGUGUUCACUUAUUUGUUUCACUCAAGUCAGGUAAUGUUCCCAAAUGAAUUUGUCUCAAAAGUUAAUCUCUCUUUCAGACCUGUUCUAAAUCCCAACUCCACAGCUUAUCUGUUUAGUGGAUACUGUAAAAGCUUCCAGAAGAACGUCUGCUUCUUUGCAUUCGACUUUUUUCAAGUGGGCCCCAUUUCCCUUCGCUUUCCAGGCAAAAGUGGCUUUCAGUUAGUCUUCGACGCCUCCGCAUUCGCAAUUCCGGUCACUUUGUACUAUAAGUACAGCAAAGUGACAAAUCUAAACGGAAGAGAACUUUCGAGAACCAGAGUCCGUCUGAUCCUUUUCGGUUCCUUCCUGCUCUCAAUAGUAGUCGGUGUCAGUUUCUGUGUGUCUCUUCCAUUCCCAAAUACUUUGUUUCAGAUGAUAUACGUGGUAACGUACCGCCCAGAAGAGUCCUUAAUGGUUGAAUCGGAGACCAAACAGCAGUUCCCCAACAAUUAUGACUAUUCGCAGUACGCUCAAAUCACAGGUUAUCAGAUCCAUUUUUGGAGUUCGUUGACUAACGAUCUCAAUAUGCUCAGCAUUUACACCCCACCAAUCAUCAGUCUCGUCUUUAUAAGGUUAUUUUGAGAUCAGUGCGGACCAGGAAGAGCAACCAGAUUUGCAGAUUGAUUCAAAAUAAACUGAAUAGUCUCAAGCACAUGUUCACCGACAAAACGAUAGCUCAAGCUCGGAAGUUUGACCUGGCUCUAAGCAUUCAGACACUCGUUCCCGCCGUCUGUGUCAUUCCCGUCUACACAAUCCAUUUAAUAAUCGGUAGAUUAGAUCUGUUUCUAAAGUUUAAAAAAUCAGCAAUGAAAAACUGUUCCAGAAAUACGUGAACUACUGGAAUUGGAAAAGAUUCUCUACAUAAUGCUGGCCCUCCCAACUGCCAUCGACGCCUUCAUCGUCAUCUUCACAAUCACUCCGUAUCACAAUGCAUUCAUUUCGUUUUUUCGACCGUUUUUCUGCUGUAAAAAAGUGGAUGUAUUGCGGAAAAAAACAAUCAACGUAUCGAAAGUUACGUCGAUAUUCUGA